AAAAAAACCAGCACGUUGCCAUGUCGACCGCAGAAUCCCCGAGCGCUGCUACGCGCGUUGCGCAGCGGCGGCGAGAAUCGCGCCGCGCGCCGGUUCUAUGCGCCAGUCAGUAGUCUAAUCUAUGGCCAGUUGUUCGCGAUUUCCCGGUGUGGGCGCAUCGUGCAUGUAUAUCUUCCACUGGAGCACCGUAUGUGCGGCAACGGUUGCUUUAAUAUGAUUCUCGAUCAAGGAAACUUCAGUCAACAUGCUAUCGGAAUUGGCAUGGUAAACGAGCUUUGAAUAGCGAACAAAUUCAAGUGAGACGAAUAAGCACAUCCAACAAUAUUAGCUACAUCAGAAACAAACGCAAACGAAGACUAUUUAAGACAGUUUCAAUAGGAUAAAGCAGCGUAUUUUUGACAAAGUGAUACAGAGGUAGCAUGAAAGUGCAGCAAUGUUCACUAGUGCACAUAAAGGAACUUAGAAUGUUUGAAUGUAAAUUCUUCAGUGCAAUGGCAUGUCGGAGCCGAACGAGCACUGUUGCCAUGCCAGUGAGUAAAAGCAGUAACCCGAGAACGCGAUCUAGCCUUCAGCGUCUCCUGGAGAAUAGAAAGUGAAUCGAUCCUCUCGCCCAGGAAACAUCGUGCAUCAAGUAAGAAAACAAAUAGUAUGGCUUUGUUGUGGGAGAAACUGUCGCCGCAGGAGUUUCAACAGCUGCAGGACCUGGCAACAUAUUCGUCCAAGAAGCUGCAGGACGUGCUGGUAGAGUUUUGUGGUAGUGGACCACCCUACAAACAUAAUCCCGAUGGAGAUAUUGACUUUGACGGUUUCUGCAAGUUUGUGGACACAUUCCUGGAGGUGCGGACCCCGGAGGAGUUAUGUCGCCAUUUGUUCCUCUCAUUUGUCAAGCCGGGAGGUCCUGUUCUGGUCGACGGAAAGACAUUCAAGGAGAUGGCGGUCUUAAGCUCGACUACCGCCUGUGCCGCCAUCACCUCGCACAAUAAAAAUCGUACAGGUGCCAUUUUUAAGAAUUCAAGUUCCACUCCAAAUGUUUACUCGUGCUGUGAGCCGGUGGACACAAGUAAAAUAUACGUGAGCACGGAAAAGGUCGCAACCUACGGAGAAAUGAUCGCAGAAAAAUUUCAUGGAUUUAGUGAAAAACUAUUGGGCCAUCACCGCUCUGAUAGUGAUACGUCCGCGGCAAGAGCAAAAACUGGCACUGUACAUCCGAUGUUGACGAUAACGCAUACUUCGUAUUCGUGUCACGAAGUGCUCGGUAAGAAGUCCACUGAUUCCUCGCCGUCACACAGUCAAGUUUCAAGGAACUCGUCGCGCAAGUCGAACAAUUCUUUGCUGGUAAACAAUGGUCGAUUGGAAGCAGAAGUAAGACAUAUCGUACGAAAAUCCAGCACCAUCGAUGUACAUCAAGUGAAGGUCUCUUUGAAAGAUAUUGUUUGCUAUCUUUCACUUUUAGAAGCAGGACGUCCUGAGGAUAAACUUGAGUUUAUGUUCCGUUUAUAUGACACGGACGGCAAUGGCGUCUUGGAUACGAAUGAAAUGGAUAGCAUUGUUAAUCAGAUGAUGACCGUCGCAGAGUAUCUGGGUUGGGACGUGUCUGAAUUAAAACCAAUACUGCAAGACAUGAUGGUCGAAAUCGACUAUGAUGCCGAUGGUACGGUUUCGCUUGAGGAAUGGAAACGGGGUGGUUUGACGACCAUUCCGUUAUUAGUAUUGCUCGGACUGGAUACUAAUGUAAAAGAGGAUGGGAAUCAUCUGUGGCGGUUAAAGCAUUUCAGUCGACCGGCUUACUGCAAUAUGUGCUUGAACAUGCUCGUCGGCUUAGGGAAGAAAGGACUAUGUUGCACAUUUUGCAAAUAUACGGUGCAUGAACGUUGCGUGCAGAGAGCACCUGCGAGCUGCAUUGCAACAUAUGUAAAGAGCAAAAAAUCGCAACAAACACUGCAGCAUCACUGGGUGGAGGGAAAUUGUCACGGUAAAUGUGCACGAUGUCGGAAACCCGUAAAGGGUGGCAUUACUGGAUUACACUGUCGAUGGUGUCAGAUCACGUUGCACAACAAAUGCGUGUCUUCAGUGCGUGCCGAAUGCGGAAUGGGGGAGCACGCGGUACACAUCCUUCCGCCAACAGCGAUUUGUCCCGUCGUUCUCGAUCGACAGAAGUCACUACAGAAGCGCGGCUCGAAAUACGGACAUGAGAAUGUAAUUAGUUUUUUCAAUUUUUACACCCUAUGUUCUCACGUAAUUUUUCUACUUUUUUAUGUCCAGACUGUGAAACAACCAGCAAUUUCGUUUCAAAUAACCUUAACUCCUAACGCUUGCCCGCUGCUGGUAUUUAUAAAUCCUAAAAGUGGUGGCCGUCAAGGAGGUCGCAUUUUACGGAAAUUCCAGUACAUUUUGAACCCACGACAAGUUCACAAUUUAGCGACCGGUGGUCCAAUGCAAGGCUUGAAUUUAUUCAAAGAUGUGCCCAAUUUCAAGGUCGUGUGUUGUGGUGGUGAUGGAACAGUCGGAUGGAUCUUAGAAACAAUGGAUAAAGUGGAAUUAGAGUGCCAACCAGCUGUGGCUGUCAUUCCGUUAGGAACCGGAAACGACCUGGCUCGUUGUCUUCGAUGGGGUGGUGGAUACGAGGGUGAAUCAGUGCAAAAACUGUUGCAUAAAAUUUCACGCUCGUCACCUGUAUUGUUGGACCGGUGGCUUAUUGAAUUAACGGAUACAUCGCCUCCGGAAUCUGGGAUGACACAAGCAGACACACGGAUACCUUACAACAUUAUCAAUAACUACUUUUCCAUUGGCGUCGACGCAGCCAUUUGCGUGAAAUUCCACUUAGAGCGUGAACGUAAUCCAGAAAAAUUCAAUAGUCGCAUGAAGAACAAGUUAUGGUAUUUUGAAUAUGCAACUUCGGAACAAUUUGCUGCAUCUUGCAAAAAUCUUCAUGAAGAUAUCGAGAUUAUAUGUGACAAUGUAUCUUUAGACCUUGCGAAUGGUUCACCUUUGCAAGGAAUAGCACUUCUAAAUAUUCCUUACACUCACGGGGGAUCCAAUUUGUGGGGCGAGCAUUUGUCAGGGUCGCGGAGGAAGAAGAGCAUUAAAAAGAAGAAGAAACAGAAGGAGCUUAGCACGCAUAGUUUUAACUCAAUUGAUUUAAGCGUCGCUGUUCAAGAUAUUGGUGAUGGAUUGAUCGAAGUCAUCGGUCUGGAAAAUUGCCUUCAUAUGGGUCGUGUACGUACCGGAUUGACUGCGAGUGGGCGUCGUCUAGCGCAAUGUUCGUCCAUCAUCAUCAAAACUAAAAAGACGUUUCCAAUGCAAAUUGAUGGCGAACCAUGGAUGCAACCGCCAACAACCAUUACUAUUACUCAUAAAAACCAAGUACCAAUGCUAAUGGCACCUCCACCAGACCGAGGCCGUGGAUUAUUUCGAUUCUUUCGGAGAUAAAUACAUACGCGAGUUUCGGGCAUGUCCAUCCCUUAUCAAUUAACCUGCCUCUAUUUAAGACAACUUAACAAUUCUGCAAAAGUGAGAUGUACUUAAUAUAUAACUUUAAAAGGCCGAACCAAGGGAAAUUUGGUACUUAAUAUUACUGAAUUGUGGUCAUAAUAGAUAGUGCAAACUUUCACACUAAAAUGUCGAGACGUUACUUUCAGCCUGUAAGUCCUUCACAAAUUGACAAGUCAGCGUCGACGGACAAUAAAAAUAGCACAUUUUCUAUCAACUGUUCAAAACUUUAUUAUUGCGGCAAAUUAAACAAAGUUAUGUUUAUAUCAUUUAUAUUGAAGGAAAGUAGGGACCACAAUAGGUGCACCGACACUAAAAUUUAUCUUAAAUAUAAAAAUUUACACCGAAAUUGUAAGGGUACAGAGUUCAUUUAUUAGUUAUAAUUUAAGGUUAACGAAACGCUUUUAGCUAUGUUGAAUUGUUUAGAUAAAUUAAAAUAUAAGAAGGUGUGCAGCAACGCCUUUACAGCGAUAUUUGCGUACAAACUAUGUUUAUCAUUGACUCGCAGAACAACUCUUGUUCUUUUUAUUAAAAAGAAAAGUCAGAGGCUUCAUAAACGUGUUGAUUACAUAUUUAAAAUAAGAAUUCAGAAGAAAUAUUUAUAAUAAGUAGUUAAAUUAACUACUGUCAAAUGAAUGUAGUAAUUCCAUUUUAGUAUAUAAUUAUAUUUAUAAGUUAUUUAUUUUUUGUUAUUUCUCUUAGAGAGCUACCAACUUAUAAAACUGAUUCGGCACUUUCUAUAAGCGAGUCCAUCAAAUUGAUCCAUAAUUGGGAGAAUGUUACAUGAAUGUGAUGUAAUUACAAUAAUGCGCAAAAUUAUAAUGAAGAUAAAUAUUAGCUGAUAAUGAUGCAUUAAAAAUGCAGCACUAUGAGAACAUGCUGAAUUAUACAUAUAAAUGGAUGUAAACAGCAAACAAAAUCCUAUUAUUUUGUGCGGAACAAGUAACUUUAAAAAAAUCAACUAUAUGUAUCAUAACCAAAUUUAUGAAAUUACUUAUUGAUUACGUCAGCGACGGCGUUUCAUUUUGGUGCGGCAGCGGUUUCGGCUAACCCAACUAUUUUCCUGGCAUUAUCAUGCUCCCAACAUGCAAUAUUCCUGAUUUAUUAAUGAUUGCUAAUUUUCAACAAGCAGUUGUUGGCAUUAGCUUCAUUAGUUAAAAAGGGUGAGCCUUAAAUGAAAAAGUUAUAGAAACAUUAAAAUCAAAUAUAACAAGUUCCGAUGAGUGCUAGCAUCUAAACUAAAAACUGUCCAAAAAAUGUUGCUCCUCCAAAUGUGUGAUAAAGGGCGUAAAUAACAGCGAACGAAUUGGAAACAUAAUAUUUUCUCUCGUUUGCCACAGGUGACUCGGCCCAACCGAGAACACAGAUACAAAUAUAUCACCGGUGGUACAAGAUGUCGUUAACGUACUAAACCCACGUAUUAAACGUAUUAAACCCAUUAACAGUCAGUUUACAUUUGUUUUAAAGAGGAAAGAAACAUUGCGCCACUUUAAUCUGUUAACUCUAACUGGUGCCAAUAUAUAUCAGUAAGUCUUGAUGGCUGAGCUGGAGAUAUUUUGUGCAAAAUUGUCAGUUGAUUUGACAAUAUUUAUAUAAUGAAAUUUGUAAAUUUCUUGUUUCAAAAUGUUAUUAUUAUUUAUAUGUAUAUUUUAUGUGGUACUUUUAAACUUUUUAUUCAGCCUCAUCAACAUUUUUCGAUUUUUCUACAUUAGCUGUAUAAAAUGACAAAAUGUUGGUCAAUGCUGACAAGGGCACAUUAUCUCAUCAAAUUGAUAUUAAACAAUUGAUAAAUUGCUGCAUAGCUUUAAACAAAAAUAUUAAGUGGAGAGUAUCAAUUAAUCUGUACUAUACAUAUACUUAAGUAUAUCAAGAAAAUUAUAUGAAUAUUAAUCUAUA